AUGGCUGAAUAUGCUGUAGAUGACGAAAGUGGAGACAUGGAGAAUGGUUCUGCUGAAGAUUUUGACCUGACGGAGAUUCUGAAGAAGAAGGAAGAGAUUGCUGAGACCAGAAACACUCUUUUCCAUGAAAUCGGUCAAGAAAGAAAAGAAUAUAUGAAGCUCAGUGCUCUGGCUGAAGGCUGCUGUCCUGAGCUCCCCCUGCUCUACCCUGAGGCAGACAUCCACAGCCACAUGAGCUCAGGAGGUCUGGUGGUGAAGAGUCUGGACAGGGACAUGUUUGAUGCUGAGCCCAUGAAGGAGCUGAGUGGACGCAGGCCUCUGGUCUGUACUGAGUUCCAGGGACAGAGGGUCAUACUCAAGGGUUACACUGUGAAUGAGGAGGCAGAGGCCAGAGUGUUGGAGAGAACCACCCAGUUUCACAGAACCAGGACUCAGCGGGAGAGUCAGACUGACACUGGAAUACUCCCUCUUCUGGCACUGUUCUUUGGCAAGUCAGACCCUCUUGCCUAUGUGAUGGUGCCAUACUUCCCCAAUGGAAGUCUCUGGGCUGUUCAGGCUGCCACACCCCUAACUGCCUCAGAGACUGUGAAGGUGAUGAGAGGCGUGGCCAGGGGCCUCCAGGCCCUCCACGCUGCAGGCGUCACCCAUGCCUCCCUCAACCCCAACAACGUCUUCGUCCUCCACCGACACCAAGGCAUGGUGGGAGACUACGACUUCAUAAAGACUCCU